AUGGCCGAAUGGGACAUUUACGACGUUGUCAUUGACGAACUUAUCAAUGACACGACUAUAGAAGAUAUGAUGCAGGAGGAGAUGGAGUUUUAUCAACAACAUGCGAACACUGUUAGGCCCAAGCGAACAAGAAAAGUGAUAGAGAGAGAUCGUGAAGCUGGGCACGAGCGGUUGUGGAUGGACUACUUCUCUGAAAAUCCUGUAUACCCGGAGGAGCUUUUCCGGCGAAGGUUUCGAAUGCGAAAGGAUGUGUUCCUCAGAGUUGUAGAUGCCCUUGGGUCUCAUAACCCGUAUUUUUUACAAUCUGUUGAUGCAGUUGGAAGACAAAUAUUCGGUGAAACAUAUUUGAGGCGCCCGAACCAUGAAGACAUUACCCGCCUACUUCAAUGGGGGGAGUCUCGUGGAUUUCCAGGUUCUAACAAUGACAUUAAUGUGCUAAACCAAUCUCCUGUGUUUAAUGAUGUUUUGAGUGGAAAUGCUCCCACGUGCACUGAAGAUGAAAUGAAUGAAGCUUCCUUGCUUCUUCCUGCAUUUUGGUCAACUUGGCCUGUUUCUCUCUCUGUGUUGAUGUAUAAAGGCAUUGUUCGGUUGAGUUCUUGA